UAUGGUUAUGGUUGUUUCUGGCUGUCAACGUCAAUAUUUAAAAGUUUUGCCACAUUUUAAUAAUUAUUUUUGUAAAAAUAUUAAAAUAAUAUUUAUGCAGCUUUUUGUCUUAAUAUCUUCAAUUUGCAUCAGUAAUAUUUUAUCUAUCUACAUUAAAUAAUAUCUACCAAUCUUUAGUCGUUUAACCAGUUUUACAACCAUUCAGUGACAACAUUGAUUUAAAGUAGAAAAUGGAUAUCAGCUUAUUUUCCAGUGAUAAUUUCAACCCUAAAAAGUGGGUUAAUGACAUGUUGAAAAUUGCAGAGAGUCAAGAGAAGAAAGAUAGCAAUUAUACUGUAGGAUUAGUCAUGAAACUUCAGUUGUACGUACAACAAGUAAAUAAUGCUUUGGAAAAUAGCAGUCAACAAGUAUUAGCUUCUCUACCAAAAAUAAUACAUGAUAGUAAAGCACUACACCAAGAAGCGUUGAUUUUAAAAGAGAAAAUGGAGCAAGUUAAAGAAGAGAUUAUUAUAAUAGAGCAUGACACCAGAAAAAGUAUUAAUACAAUUGAGAAAUUAGAUAAUAUGAAGAAUCAAUUAGAAGUGGCCAAACAAGGACUCCAUGAGAGUGAUAAUUGGACUAUUUUAGUGAAUGAUUUAGAAGAAGUAUUUGAUUCCAAGAAUAUAGAGGAUAUAUCGACAAAAAUUUUAAGCAUGCAAAAUUCUUUGAAACUGCUAAUUAAUGUGUCAGAUUAUGAAGAUAGGAAGUUACACUUGGAAGGAUUAAAGAAUAGAUUAGAAGCCAUUGCCAGUCCUACAAUUGUACAAGCUUUUACAUCCUUAAAUACUGAUCAGUCACUAUUUUUUGUUCGAGUUUUUUCUUCUAUUGGAAGACAAGCAGAAUUGAUGAAAUAUUAUAGAAAUUGCCAACGUGACAUAUUACUAAAGAAAUGGAGAAAUCAGUUAGAACUAGAGCAAGAUGAAUCUGUUGUUCAAUGGAUUCACAAUUAUUAUGAUCUAUUACUAUCAAAUUGGCAUAACCAAACUAAAUGGAUUAAUCAAGUAUUUACAGGGGAAUCAUCACAAGAUACUUUACUUAAUAUUUAUAUUGAUGUCUUAAAUUCACUUGAUCCAUCUUUAAAUGAAUGUGUUGAUGCAGCGCUCAAACAAACCCCAGAUAAACUGACUUUGUUACAAGAUCUUAAAGAAGUUACCAAACAAUUUUCAUUAAAAAUGUUGAAUCUCAUAGAACAGGGAGUACAAGGGAAAAAUAAACCUGAAUAUGAGAAUUUCCUAAAGGCUGUGUUUAAGUAUUUGAUAGUGUAUAUAUGUAAAUAUGCUGCCUAUGAACAAGCACAUUUAAUGAAACAACUGAAUAGUAUAAAUUGUAUGAAGGAUGAACUGCCUGACACAAUACAAGCUUUAGGAUUAAGUAUAAUACAAGUUAUUGAUUAUGCUACAGAAUCCAAAAAAAGAUGUGAAAGACUUACAGAAAAUUGUGGAUUUUGUGGUCUGUUAGUAGCUUUAAAGGCAUUUUUCUCUAAUUAUGCCGGCUAUUUUAGAGUCGCAUUGAGACAAAUUGAGAGGUCCAAAAAAUUUGAAGAAGACUGGAAUACUUUUCAACUAUGCCUUUCUUUAUUACAAUACACUGGUGAAGUUCUGUUAAAAAUACAACAAUUGGAAAAGGAUUUAACUUCAACUAUUCUUGAAUUCAAUAACAAAGAAACUGAACUCAAAUUCAGCAAGCUUCUUUUAGAUGCAGCAAAUUUAAGAGAAUUUCAGUCUCUUGUAAGAUGCGUGACCGAAGGAACGCAACUCUCGCUCCUCGAUAAUGUAACAACAGAGUUUAAUAAGUUGUGUCUGGAUAUACAUCAUACAACUUAUAACGUUGUAUUUAGACCCAUAUCAAAACAGUUAGAUGUAGUAGCUGCUGUGGAUACAUGGGCCCAAUUUGAUAAUUCAUCCUUGCACAGUUCUGAUCUGCCGGAUUAUAGUUUUUCACCACAGGAAUAUAUUACCCAAAUUGGCCAGUACUUAAUGACACUACCACAACAUUUAGAACCGUUUUUAUUCAGCGACAAUCCUUCACUAGCAUGUGCUCUUAAAUCUGUUGAUCAAGAAUAUGCUGAAAGCUCCGACACAGAAGGUGCAUUAGCCAGAACAUUCUUGAUAAUUAUUGCCAGAGGAACUUGUAACACGUUUACUGAUAAGAUUUUAUCACUUUGUAAACUAAGUCAGCCCGCCAGCAGACAGUUGUCCCAUGAUAUAAAUUAUUUGAGAAAUGUGCUUCAAGAUUUAGGUAUACCAUUGUCUGAGAAUUUAGAUCAGCUUUCAUCUCUACUAAAAAUACCAGCUGAUCAGUACCAGAAUCAAAGUUUAGGCUGCUCAGCAAAAUAUGUGGCUGCAAUUCGGCAAAUAAGAAAUAUAACUUCAAAUUAAGCUUAAUUUUAUUUUCAGCAAUAUAACUUAAGCUUUAUAAGAUAUAAUCUUAUAUAUUCUAUAGACUUAAUAUUUAUACAUGUAUUGUAA